AUGGACUCCUACUCAUCGAGGGGGAAUAGUAUCUUUUGCACCUUCGUCACGGUGCUGGGCACGACGGCGGUGUUGAACCACCUCUCGACCUUCCUGCCCAUGAAGCAGUUUGAUGUUCAGACAUCGGGCACCGUGCACAUGAACAAGAUACAUGAUCUCAUUCCCAACUCGCACCACGCUUGUGACCAAAGUGUGCUCUCCUUUAACAUUAGCCACCAGCUCUCCAGCGAGUUCCACUGGAACAUGAACCAGCUUUUCGUCUACCUCGUGGCGACGUACAACGACACGGCGUCGAACAUGAGAAACGAGGUCAAACGGGCAACCCUACACCCUAAACCCCAAACCCUAAACCUCAGACCCUCAACCCUAAACCCUAAAUCCUAA